CGCCCGCAGUCGCUAUGCGUGCGCCGCGUGACUUCGUGGCCCUUGCCGCUUUCCUCCUCUGCUCUCCUGUGACCCUGGUAUUCUGCCACGGUGAGGGAUACUAUCCAGAGGAUGGGUCACCACAACUCGACCAUAUAUUGGACGUAGCAGAAAGCCGCUUGGAGUGUCCCACGGACAGGCUGCUGAGGGUCCGACAGAUGUGUCACAAUGAUAAUGGUGAUGACAUGGAGUGCAUCAAGUUCCAGUGUUGUGACACACACGUCCUCAUAGCUGGCAGGUGUUUCCCUAAAGCAGUGGACCCCUGUAGCUUAAGGUUAUGCGAACAGGCGUGCGAGGUUCGCAAUAACCGUGUGUGGUGCACCUGCCAUCGAGGGUUUGAGUUCUAUCCCGACAACUACCGGAGGAGAACUCAGCCAUAUUGCAUUGACAUAGACGAAUGUGAGAAUAAUAACGGUGGAUGCGAACAGAAUUGUAUUAAUGAUCCUGGUGGAUUCCACUGCGAGUGCCUGCCUCCAAUGGUGCUCGCACGCGAUGGAAAGAAAUGUCAACUCCCCGUACCUUAUGUGAUCCCAGAACCCUUACCCCUGGAGCAGGCGUCGUGCUUCGCUACCUGCGACAAUGUGGACUGGCUGACGAAGAAAAUGAAACAAUUGACUGAAGAACUGCACGCCACGCAAGCAGCCCUCAAGAAAGUAAUGGACAGUCCUGCUGUUAGAGACGACGGGACCUAUGCGUACAGAUUGCUGGACUCUGUAGCACCCUUAGAAGGAGGAUAUUGUCGCUGUGAAAGGGGACCAAGGGGUCCUACUGGUCCUCCGGGCAGAGACGGUCCGAAGGGCGCGACGGGUUCUCGGGGACCCCGAGGUCCCAGGGGACCGGAGGGGUCAUUGGACCUGAUGUUGUUACUACUUGCUGAUAUGAGACAUGACAUCAAAAAUUUAGAAGAGCGUGUAUACAAAAAUGGUGAACAGCCAGAAAGGUUCAAUCUACAAAAGGCGUGGCAUCAGCAACGUGAGCAGGAGAAGCGAGGACGUGAGAGUCAGACGCAGCAGACGCUAGGAGCGUACACCUUGCCGCCUCUAGAGAGCGUUAUGUACGACCCCGUUGAAACAUCGCCCCAAGAUCUAAUUGAGAAAAAUCCUCAUGAAAGUUCACCAGAUUGGUCUCUAGUGAACAGCGAGAGAGACCCUACGGAUCUGCCAAUGAGUCAAACCGAGGACAUGGCUGAUAUGGAUGAGAAACUACGCCAGUUCUACAUCCUGGCUAACAUCACCAGCUCCGGGGAUAACGACCCGAGUGAUGAUAAUCCUAAUGAUGUUGAUUAUAACUAUUAAUAUAUGUGAAUGUUU